AUGAGCCAAAGGAGGGUGAGGAAGGCCCCGGUUGCCCCCAAGCCUAUGUGGAACCGUCAGAGCCUCAGGAGUAUCAGGAACGGGAGGCCCCAGCCGGAGCUGGCCAAACCCCUGGACAACAGAGGCGGUGGAACCACCUUCGGGGUAAGUCUACGGCCCACCUCCUCUGCAGCCAACCUGUCAAUCAAGCAGAAGAUCCAUUCAUUUGAGACCUUCUCUAGUCCUGAGGGUAAGGGUCAGGAGAGGUGGGGCAACAACAGGAGCUUAGAGGAGAAUGGUACAAUCCAACAUGACAUGGGCAAAGGAGCCAAAGUGACCUCUCCAAUCUCUGACGAGGAAAAGGACGGAAGGGUGUCCUCUUCUCCCCAUGCAGCCUCUCCUCACUCCACCCAUCCUCCCUCUCCUGCCUCCCACCCUUCUCCUCCAACCUGCUUUUCUCUUCUUCCGACCCCCCACCCUGCCUCGGAGCUCCAGACCCCAGUGGAGCUCCAGACCCCAGUGGAAGAGACAACAGACACCAAUACAGAAAUCUCUGACUCACCAUCCCCCGAGGACACCACCACCACCCCAUCCACCCUAGAGGCAUCUCUCCCCGAGGCCGACCCAGAAACAGAGCCCCUGGAUGAGGCUGUGGAGGCCUCCGUCUCCCCCUCUGGCCCGGUGCCCAGGAGGUCCAGCAGCUCCAAGGGAGAAAGCCUUGGUCCACUACAACCACCAGAGGAGGGGGAGGGAGACCAGAGCCAUGCCCAGGCUCAGGGCAAGCAGGCCAGCCUGCGGACGCGUAGCCUUCCCCUGCCUGCCUCUCCCUCCCCAGAUGGGUCAACAACUCUAAGAGGACUGGAGGGAGAGAGCCUGGGGAAGAUACUUUCCUUCAGUAAACAGGUGUCCCAUGCCCUGAUGCGUUCCAUGCACUCCCUACUCCCCUCCCCCUGUCCAACUGUGCCGGGUAACCCUGGGUCAGACCCUCCCCCUGCAUCCCCUCUAGUCAGCAGCCCGGAGGAGCCCGACCCGGCCCAGAACACCCCCCUCUCCCCUGGCCCCGACAAAUGUGUGUGUGUGAGAGAGUGUAAUCUGUAUGUGACCAGUCAGUCAGUGUGUCAGUUGAACUCUGUUUGCUUCCUUAUUCCUCUCAGCCUAUCUGAUCUGAGGCAGUGUACCAUUGAGCGGGGGGAGGAGGGAAGGGACCUGGUCUCACGCCCAUCCCUGUCAGCAUGUGCCCACUCUGUCAUAUCAGCCAUCCCUCCACAGCAGAUACAGACCAUGAUCCAGGAAGUGAAAGCUCUGGAUGAGGAAACUCUGAAGCAAUUUGAGCACAUCCACGUGGUGAUUCUGCACAAGGAGGAAGGAGCAGGUCUGGGUUUCAGCAUCGCUGGUGGGAUAGACCUGGAGAGCAAGGCCACCACAGUGCAUCGUGUUUUCCCCCAUGGCCUGGCGGCUCAAGAGGGGACCGUGGAGAAGGGUGACGAGGUGCUGUCCAUCAACGGCCAGACACUAAGGGGCGCGACACACGCCGAUGCCACCGCCACACUGCGCCAGGCCCGCACCAUGAGACUGGCCGUGGUGGUGGUGAGCAAGGGGAGAGAGGGAGGAGGAGGAGGAGGAGAAGAAGGAGGGAACAAGGCUGGUGAUCCCUCUAUCAGCAGUAGCAGUACAGACCUCAACCCUACAGUGGAGGAUGGGGGAGCCAUGCUGACUGUGGAGCUGGAGACAGGAGGAGGGGGCGUGGGGUUCAGUUUGGAAGGAGGGAAAGGAUCUAUCCAUGGAGACAGGCCUCUGGUCCUCAACAGGAUCUUUAAAGGUGGCGCUGCGGAGCAGAGUGGGUUGCAGUCUGGCGAUGAACUGCUGCAGGUCCAGAGCUCCUCCCUCCAGGAGCUGAGCCGCUUCGAGGCCUGGAACAUCGUCAAGGCUCUGCCUGAGGGGCAUAUCACUCUAGUCAUCCGGAGGAGGAAGGAGGAUGAGGCAGAAAGCUCUGCCUGAGGGGCAUCUCACUGUAGUUAACAGGAGGAGGAAGGAGGAGGAGACUGAGGAGUUAGCCCUAGACACUGUUUACACUUAAUUGGUAUCCAGAUACAAUCGAUCACAAUUACACUUCUCAAAAAAUUUGGGAACAAUUAGAAUGUGGACAAGAUCAGGACAAAUGACUCAUAUUAGCACCAGGUAUAAACGGGGCUAUUGAUUCUCAAGAUGUGGCCACAUUUAUGGACAGGUGUCCGCGAUUAAAAUACCUAUUGUGAUUGGAUUGUGAUCAGAUCUUCCUGACCACCUCCGGAGGUAGUCAGGCACACACUGUGUCUGGGUAUCUUACAAGUGUAGAUGGAUGUGGACAGUGAAACCAUUUAAAUCAUCAUUAUCCGGCCCUCUAAAACCAUUGACAGGUGGGGCCAUUGUCUUAUGGCAUCAAUAUGUGUCUUUAAAUAAAUAAAUAAAUAUUAUUUUGAAAGAAUAUCUGUGGAAUAAUUUCCAUACAGGGAGGGACCAGUAAAUCUGGUCACCAUGUGGACACAGUGGACGGCUAAGAGACACAUUUUAAUACAACGUGUCGAUGCAAUGGCAGAAAUGUGGCCACUAUCAGAAUGUGGACAACGGCCUCGAUUCAAUCCGUAUCGCUGAAGUUCAGCGUUAUAGCACAAUUGAAAAUUAAAGGUAAUUUCCGAUUGAGCCGACAUAUGCAGCGUUUACC